CUUUCCCGAUUCCGUCCGCCAACGCGUGACAAGCUCCCUUCUCCUCCUCCGUUUUAAAAGGCCAAUAUGUUGUCGAGGUUGUCCUCAGGAGCCCUUAAACGGGCUGGCUCCUUGGCUUCCUCCCGUUCGACUCAAAUUCUCUCCUCUUCUCGUUCGACAGCCGUUCGUUUUGCAUCGUCGAGCUCGUCUGCCUCAAAUGCUUUCGAGGCCUUCUUGGGCUCUCGAAUAACUCUCGCAGGAGCAACGUUGUUCACCGCCGGCACCAUUGCAUGGUACUCCCACCUCUAUGGUUCUCUUCCUUUCCUCGGAGAAGCACACGCAAGCCACCUCAGCGACGAAGGUCUUCAUCCUACUCACUACCCUUGGCCUCAUGAUGGCUUUUUCGAUACCUUUGACCACGCUAGUAUUCGAAGAGGAUAUCAAGUCUAUCGUGAAGUCUGUGCUGCAUGUCACUCCCUCGACCGCAUUGCCUGGCGUAAUCUAGUCGGCGUCUCGCACACUGUGGAUGAGGCGCGUACCAUGGCAGAAGAAGUUGAAUAUCAGGAUGGACCUAACGAUGAGGGUGAAAUGUUCAUGCGUCCCGGAAAACUCUCUGACUACAUGCCUGCACCGUACCCGAAUGAAGAGGCUGCCCGAGCUGGAAAUGCUGGUGCCCUUCCACCCGACCUCAGUCUGAUCGUAAAAGCGCGUCACGGCGGUUGCGACUACAUCUUCUCCCUACUGACAGGAUAUAUGGACCCUCCUGCUGGUGUUGAAAUCCGUGACGGCAUGAACUACAACCCGUACUUCCCUGGUGGUGCUAUCGGUAUGGCCCGUCUCCUUUUUGACGGUCUCGUGGAAUAUGAGGAUGGCACUCCUGCAACCACCCCGCAAAUGGCCAAGGACGUCGUAACCUUCUUGAACUGGGCUGCUGAGCCUGAACAUGACGAACGAAAGAAGAUCGGUCUCAAGGCUGUCAUCCUCUUCUCCACUCUGUUUGCAAUUAGUAUAUACGUGAAACGCUUCAAGUGGACAGUUAUCAAAAACAGAAAGAUUGUCUACACCCCCCCGAAGGACCACGCCGGACACUAGAGGUAGAGGACGGUAUAUAUGCUCAAGGUUUUGUGUAGACAAUACAAUGGCUCUUCAAAUACUGAAGUUUUUCAUCUUAAUUGGAACUCAACGAUCUGCUGCGACCUGACAGAGCUCGGGUACCCUCGGUGCAUUGAAGAGUGUAUAUCCGAC